UCUUAAUUUUUUUAUGGCGAUUAGAGAUACAUAGAUAGAUGGCGGACGAGUUGGUGCUAGUGUUUGACUUUACCAAUGAAAUGUUAUAGGAAGUUUUAUCAAAGAAUCGUGAAAACCAUGGAAUUCCGUGAUCAUAUUUUCUUAAUUUUAUAAUCAUGCCCGUUAAAGCCCUUUCCCAUUCACAUCUAAGGGAAUAUAUGUGCCAUAGCAACUAUCAUUAGACUCUUGCCCAUUUCCUUUGUGAUCUAGAUACCUCUUUUUCGGAGUGUACUUCAAGUUCUGACUUGGUGUAACCGAUCGUGUUUGAAGAAAUGAAGUAAAUAUGUGCUAGUAAUUGUUUAUAGUGCUUUACAGUGGAAUACUUAGUUUCUUUUUUUUCGUAACCUCGAACGCGGAAGUUUGUGAUCUAGCCGCUCCGAUAGUACAUUAUCAUUGGAAACAAGCUUCGUAAGAUGUGUUAGUAUUUGUACAGCUUACCACUAUUGAUUUACCAAGUGGGAAUCUCACUAUGCUUGGGGUUUGAGCUUCGAUGAUGAAAUCAUGGUUGAAAUAGGAGCCCCUCAGCAGUCAGCCGAAGAGAGUUUGGAGAAUGCCGAAUGGUAUUGGGGUGAUAUCACUCGAGAUGAGGCUACUGAGAAACUCAGAGACACAUGUGAUGGCACCUUUUUGGUGCGCAAUGCAUCUAACAAAGAUAGUGGUUAUACUCUGACAGUAAGGAAAGGUGGUAUGAACAAACUUAUCAAAAUCUAUAACCAUGAUGGCCACUAUGGGUUUUGUGAACCUUAUGACUUCAAAUCUGUUGUGGAUCUUGUUCGGUUUUAUAGAGAAUACUCACUGGCCCAUUGCAAUAGCAGUCUUGACAUUAAGCUUAUGUACCCACUGUCAAGACUCCAAGAAAAUGAGGGUGGAGAAAACAUGAGUGAUGAGACCUUAGAAACAAAAUUCAAAGAGAUUCACAAAAAAUAUGUAAUGAAAACAAAAGUCUUUGAAGACCGCUCAUAUAAGUAUACAAGGUUAAGGGAGGAAGUUAAUAUGAAAAAGCAAGCACUAGAUGCCUUUAGGGAAACUGUAAAAAUCUGUGAAGAACAUUUAAAAUUACAAGAGAAGAUGCAGACUGAAGCACAGCCUCAUGAGAAGAAUCCUGUAUUAGAUAAUAAUAGACAGUUAAUAACAAGAGUUCAAAACCUAAAACAAGCCAAAUCUGAAUUGAAUGAUAUCUUGAGAAGUACAGUAACAGGUCAACUGCUGCUUGAGAGAGAAAUAGCCAAACUCAAGUCAGAUGUCACAGACCUCUAUAAAAUCAAAGACCGCUAUAAAGUGUGGCUGCAAGGGCGAGGGAAAACUGAUGAAUACUUGCACUUGUUAGAAGAUGACAAUAUACAUAAAUUGGAGGAAUUAUAUGCUCACAGGGAGAUGAUUAGUUGGAAAGUUAGUUGCACACGUGAAAUGGCUGAAAAACUUCUUGCUGGGAAACCUCAAGGCACAUUUUUGAUUCGGCCUAACUCCACCGGUCAACUAGCUUUAUCCAUUUGUUGUAACAACAUGGUCUAUCACUGUAUUAUAUUUAAGACUGAACGUGGUUACGGAUUUGCGGAACCCUAUAAUGUUUAUGAAACUUUAAACGAGCUUGUUCUCCAUUAUGCUGUAAACUCAUUAGAAGAACACAAUGAACAAUUAAGAACAGAACUGAAAUAUCCAGUAAAUGCACAUCUUGUUAAGAAACCUGAAAAGAAGCAAUAAAAUUGUUUAAACUACUAAACAUGAGUCAUUCAACAGUUUGGUCUAUUCUUAGACUUAGGUGGUCUGACGCUAUGACGUCAUUGACUAGUACCUUGUGUUUUUUAAAAAACAAACCAAAUACCAACGAUGAUAUGAUCAAAAUUGCAUCUACAUGUAAGUGUAUCACCUUACAUAAUUAAGAAGUUAAUUAACUUAUCAUGCACUAAAUUUACUUGUGAUUUUAAUGGAGAUGUUUCUAUGAAUAUACUGUGAGGGAACAUAAUAAUACGACAAGAAAGUAUUCAUUGUACAGGAAAGUAAUGUAAGUUGAUAUUUCUGUGUUUUAUAGCUUUAUAGUGUCGUUAUAAUGUGGUUGAGUAAUGAUUGUACAAAUGAAUUGCUUUGGUAAUCUGUACAAUGGUACCAUAUUCCUUUAAGAUUUCUGCAGAACAGUUUUAAUAGUAUCACCUACCUAUUGAAUAUUUUUUAAUAAAACCAAUAUCAGCUCCACAUACUAUUGAAUUUUAGUUCUAUUGUUUAAAAAAGAAUAAGUUUUCAAGGCUGCAUUCGAUCAGGGGCUGAAAAAAUUGCUAUAAAUUUGAAAGAAUAUUUACACAUGUAGUUUGUGUGUGAAUCGAUUUAGUAGUUAGUACUGUAAUUGACAACACACUAUUGAAGGACAAUAUAGUUUUUUGCCUCACAUACAACAAUGUAUACAUGUAUAAUAUAUGAAUAUGUCAUGGAUAUAUUUAAAUGUCUGUUUUGUCCUUUUACUAUGCUCCAAAGGUGAUUGAAUGUCAAAAUUAAUCAACUUUACAAGUCCAGUCUUCUAGUACCAUUUCAGUCCCUGGUUAGGAUACUUGGUACACAUAUUUUUAUAUUUGUUGUAUUUUACAUAAGAAAGUGUUCUUCCCUAUAAAUAAUUGGUGUUAUUAAUGAUUGGGGCCUUCAGGGAUCGGCAGCAAUGGAGUUAAGAUAUGAAGCUGAUUCGAAAUUGGAGACUGUUGAGAACGAAAUCAUUUGAAAAAUUAUUGAAGCUAAAGAUUUCAUCAAUUUUAUUGAUGCUGCUUCCAUGUUUAUUCUUGUAGUGUGUAACAUCUUUUGCCACAGAAUAUCAGAAAUACUGAUCAUAUAAAUAUUUAAUGGCCUAAAAAUGUCUCGGGCAUAAAUGACAAUUUAAUACACAUGUAAAUGAUGUUGGAAUAAUCUGUCUCAGGUUUUAAUGAAUACGCAAAGUUCUCAUAGAGAUAUGUAUAUUAUGUAUGUGAUAGUAACAAUUAGAGAUUUGGUAUUUGUGUAUAUUAUGUGAUUGAAUUUUGUUAUAUUGUUUUGAAUGUGUUAAUGUGAUGUGAGGUCUUAACAUAUUUUCAUAUCAUUGAUAUAUAUCCAAUAUUUAUCUAUUCAAAUUUUAUUCCUUGUAAGGGGCAUGUGCAGUAAUUUGUAUGCAAUUUUGAUAGGUUUCAUCUUGAUCAUUUGAACUCUGUUAACAUUGGAAAUGAAAAGCUGCUUGUAAUUAGUACUUGGGUAUAUAUCAUAAUUAUGGUUAAUAAGUUAUUAGUAUGCCUUACAGUAAAAUGGAAAUGUUCAAAGAUCUGCUUUUAUAAUAUAAUCAUCACCUGUUUAUGUUUAAUCAUCAGAUGGUAUACCUAUGUUGUUUAUUGAAAACACAUUAAACCUAAUGAGUGUCCAAUUUUUUCGAUCUAUACUUCCAUAUUUUCCUUAUAAAUCUUAAUUAUUUUGGGUUAUGUACUUUGUCAUACAUUUAAUUAAAUGUAUUCAAAUUACCUACAAAAAAGAAAUUUACAAACUUUUUUAUAAAAGCAGAUCCUUGCAACAUAUUAUUGCAUGGGUAAUUUAAAUGUUAACUGUUGCAAAUGUUAAUUAUUUAAUGUUUCUUUCAUUGGUAUUAAUUUUAAUGUGAAUCUUGAUGAAACGAUUUGCCACAGUGAAUGUCUUGUAUGAUUUCAGUGCGUUCAAGUACUGUUAUUUUAAAUGGAAGCGUGUUAAUUCGUGUAUAUUUGUGUGCGAGUCUCGUCAAUUAAUGAUUUAUCUGUUUUGCUAUCUACCAAUAUGUAAGGGAAGUUGAUAUGCAUUGCUAGUAAAUAGAUUGUAAGUAGGACUAACCAAUUCGUAAAAGUUAUAUUUAUAUUAUUAUCGUCUCGAUUAAGACAUCUUAGUUUUGUGCCACUUUAUUUAAAUGUUCUGUAAUGUUAUUGGAUUAAUAUUGUUUAUCUCCAUAAAGCUCUGAUUUUGAGUAAACAUUUCAUAAUAUCUUUUUACUAUUUAUAAAACGUUAUUGAAAUAGCGACGUCAAAUAUAUUCGCAAUGCGACGUAUGUGGACUAGUACUAUAUAAUUUAGAACUAAAUAAUUUUGGGUCGACUCCAUACAUUUCAAACAAUUCAAUCACUUUGUAACAUAAGUACCUAUAUUUUAUUAAAAAUACCCGAAGUACCUCUUGUAAUAGUACAAUAUCUUUAAAAACAAAUUAACAAUUACAGAGACCUCACAACUUUCAGCUCGUCCCAAUUACGUCUGUGAUAGUCAUUUUCCAAGAGUCGCUAACAAAUACAUAUAAAUAUAUUAUAUUCAUGUAAUUAUGCACCGUCAGAUGGUUGUUAUAUACGAUGAAAAAAUAAAAAAAACUCGAUAUCAAAAUACCGGGUUUAACUGUCUCUAAUUUUAAUUUGAUCUUAAGUGUAUGCAUACAUUCUGAAUAAUGACCAUGACGAUAGUUAACGUAACUAUUUCAAAUUCGUGUGAAACUGUGCAAAUCUGUGGCGCCUACAACUUGAGGUUCUAAGGCCUAGACAAUACUACUAUUUUGGCCUAUUAACUAAUAGCAGCUUAGUAGUUGAUAUAGGCCAAAACCAGAACAAUCUAAUUUAUAUAAUCUAUCAAUCAAGUCUUGUAAGUUAUUGAAGUAGUAGUUACAGUAAGUUAAAUAAUAAUCAACUACAGCAUGACGUUAACCCAAGGUUUAUUGGUUAUUCGGUACUGUUUGUUCGCCCAAUUUUAAAUUAGGGCCAGAGGUCUUCGAUAAAUAAUUUAGUGAUAAAGAUUUAAUCAGCUGAUCAAUUACAUCAAAUUUGCUUUCCAUAUGAUAACUAAUCAGUUAAUUGAAUCUUUUUCCAUUCAAUUAUUUUUUGCUGUACUCAAGCUUAAAACAAUUCGUAUGUUGCCAAGCAUGGUCAAUUUUAAAAUUAGGUGGAUAAAGCAUGCUAUCUACUCGAACCUGAUUCUACACUUUGGAACUGUGUACAUUGAUAACUGUUUUUUACAAAUUAAUAAUAUAAUUUAGAUUAUACAUACAUAAUAUAUACCUAUUUACUUAUAAGUUUAAAGAUUAUAUAAGUGAGAUUAUUGAUCGCGUUAUUUUUGUAUACAAGUCAAUAAUACCUACAUGAAUAUCAAUUCAGAGUGACUAAUAAAGAGGGACAUUGAACUUAUUCAUUUAUUCUGCAUUCAUAAUAUACAAUUAACUUUUUUAAAUCAUAUGACAGCGAGAAAUUUGUCUCAUUUUGCUCGAUCGAUUACAAUAAGCAUAUCUCUUCUCACCAAAAUGUCUCAUUCAAUUAGUCACUCUGUAUCUAAAAUGCAAAAUGUUCUGAGUUGCAAUUUUAUAAACUAAAUAUCAUUAAAUGAUCUCAAGAGUGAAUUAUAAACUUAAGCUUAUUCAAAUGUUUGUUUGAUAGUUUUUUAGACACUAUUAUUAUAACAAAUGUCAAUAGAAGCCAAAUUGAAAUACUUGCAUAAAUUAGUUCACACAAUCGCCAUUUUAUAAAUGUAAUAGUAGAACGUUUUAAUAAGUGUUAAUAAACAAACUAUCAAUGAC